AUGCCUGACUUCAAGCUUUCAGCAACUUUGGAGGGCCACGGCGAUGAUGUUCGCGCCGUGGUGUUCCCAAACCCCAAUGUCAUUCUCUCCGCUUCCCGCGAUGCCACAGUCCGACUCUGGAAGCUCGUAUCGAACCCACCUCCCGCAUAUGACUACACGAUUGCUGCCCACGGCUCCGCCUUCAUCAACAGCUUAGCAUAUGUACCACCCACAGCAGAGUUCCCAGAGGGCCUUGUUCUCUCUGCUGGACAAGAUGCCGUCAUCGAGGCCCGGCAGCCUGGGAAAGGUGCUGCAGACAAUGCGGACGCGAUGCUUCUGGGCCAUGGUCAUAAUGUCUGUGCUUUGGAUGUGUCCCCGGAUGGUGGAUGGAUUGUCAGUGGCAGCUGGGACUCAACUGCGCGACUGUGGAAGGUCGGCAAGUGGGAGUGUGACGUGGUCCUCGAUGGACACGAAGCAAGUGUCUGGGCUGUCCUAGCCUACGACGAAAACACAAUCAUCACAGGCUGCGCCGAUAAAAUGAUCCGAAUGUUUAAUACCUCUGGAAAACUGCUCGGCAGUGUACAGAACUCCGACGACGUUGUACGCGCCUUAUGCAAGCUUCCUGCGUCACAUCCCUCGGGUGCCCAAUUCGCUUCAGCCAGCAAUGACGGAAUCAUUCGUCUCUACACAAUGCAAGGUCAGCUUGUUGCAUCACUCUACGGGCAUGAGAGCUUCAUCUACUCGCUUGCAGCUCUCCCAACCGGCGAGCUUGUGAGCUCCAGUGAAGAUCGCACCGUGAAGAUAUGGAACGGGACCGAAUGUGUACAGACAAUCACCCACCCUGCCAUCUCAGUGUGGAGCGUUGCGGCCUGCAAGGAGACUGGUGAUAUCGUCACGGGCGCUAGUGACCGCAUCACUCGUGUAUUCACUCGAAGCCCAGAUCGCCAAGCAGCCCCGGAGGUCGUGCAGCAGUUCGAUCAAGCCGUCAAGGAAUCAGCCAUCCCUGAACAACAAGUCGGAAAGAUUAAUAAAGAGGAGCUACCCGGUCCAGAGUUUAUUCAACAGAAGUCCGGAACCAAGGAGGGUCAAGUCCAGAUGAUUCGAGAAGCCGAUGGCAGUGUUACUGCUCAUACCUGGUCAUCAGCAACACAGGAGUGGAUUGCCGUUGGCACUGUGGUGGAUUCGGGCGGUAGCAGUGGUCGCAAGACCGAAUAUGCAGGCCAUGAUUAUGACUACGUCUUCGAUGUUGACAUUGAAGAUGGCAAGCCUCCAUUGAAACUUCCCUAUAAUGCCUCGCAGAAUCCAUACGAGGCCGCGACGAAAUUUAUCGGCGACAACGAACUCCCUAUGACAUAUCUCGACCAAGUUGCAAACUUCAUCACUCAGAACACCCAAGGCGCUACCAUUGGACAAUCCUCACAAGAAGCCGCGGGUUCUGAUCCUUGGGGCUCAGACCGACGGUAUCGUCCUGGAGAUGGCUCGGCUGCUGAAGAGUCCCAACCACCUGCCCCCGAACCACGACCCAAGGUCCUUCCUCAAAAGAUCUACCUCUCAAUCCGCUCAGCAAACUUAAAGGUCAUCACAAAGAAACUGCAAGAACUGAACGCACAACUCGUGUCUGACGGCUCCAAGGAGGUGGCUUUGAGUCCCGCGGAAAUGGAAACAGUCAUCGCCUUGUGCGGUCAGCUAGAAUCAUCUCAGCAGCUCAAAGACACACCCGAGGUUGAAUCAGGUGUGCCUUUGAUUUUGAAGAUUGUCACAACCUGGCCCGCCGCCAACCGACUACCUGGCUUAGAUAUUCUCCGUCUUUUGGCAGGUGCCUCGUCGUUCACAGCGAAGGCCGAGUACGAAGACGAGAACGUUGUAUCGGGCGUCAUUUCCAGUGGUGUCUUCGACUCACCGCUCAAUGUCAACAAUGCAAUGCUCGCCAUGCGAACCUUCGCAAACCUCUUCGAGACAGCAGAGGGUCGAGACUUGGCAAUUCGCUCCUUUGAUCAAAUCCUAGCAGGAGUGAAGUCUGCCCUAGCCAAUAGCGGCGCGUCGCCAAAUCGCAACCUCGAAAUCGCUAUCACGACCCUCUACAUCAACUUCGCUGUUUAUCUUACUUCUGAAGACAGGAGCCAGACACCUGAAUCCUCGGAACAGGGGCUGGUGCUACUCGAAGAGUUGGCUCGGAUUGUUGCCGCAGAGAAGGACUCGGAAGCUGUCUAUCGGGCUCUCGUCGCUCUGGGCACACUGGUGGCUGCUCUCGGAGAGGAGGUUAAGAGCGCAGCCAAGGAAGUUUAUGAGAUUCAAAGCGUUCUUGCUAGAGUCUCGGCUUCUGGCCCUGGAAAAGAGCCGCGUAUCAAGGGUGUUAUCGGUGAGAUCCAGGAGGCUCUCUGA